AUGCCGCCGCGACGCUCAUCUCGCGCGGCGAGCGCCUCACUAGAGGUGCCGCCAGCAGAAUACGCACUGACCAAGCGCAAGAGGGGGCAAACCGCAGAACCCGACACCGAUGAGAAAGAGAAUGUCGCGAAACCGCUGUCAAGGACGCGCCGGAGCUCUUCUGUGCGAUCCAGUGCUGCACCACCAUCUAAGUCUCGCAAAUCCACGCGUGCUAAGACGUCUUUGCCCGACGUUCCUGAAUCGACAACGAAGAACAAUCCGAUGCACCCCCGUCGAAGAAAGCAAGGCCAUCCGUGGAGGAGGUCGAGGCGUGGAGCCAGCGUGGCCAAAUCUACCCCUGGCCCCGCAAAGAUGGAAGUCGACGAAGAACCUGCCUCGAAGCCAGUCCGCCGCGCUUCAAGCCGGAAGGCAACCGUGUCAUCCGGCAGCAGGGUAAGUGUAGGAUCUGCGAAAUUUGGAGAGACGUCGGGAUCUGCGCGCACCGAUGGCCAAAUCGAGGAAGAAGAGGAAGAAGAAGAUAUCAAACCAGUAAAGGGGCGUCGCGGCACCGAGAAAGCUCCUUCGAAGGCAAUUCAAUCGGACGACGACGACGAAGCAAUGGUUGCACCCUCGGAGGAGGACGACUACGAAGAAGAUACGAAACCAGCUCGCAAAGGACGAAAGCCGAAGGCCCCAGCGGCUCGUAAAGGCAAACCUACCUCGAAGACGGCUCUCAAAGCCACAGUCGUUGAGGAGUCAGACGAUGACCUCGAGGCCCCACCUUCCGCUCAACCUCGCCCAGCUGCCAAACCAGUCGAUGUGCCUGCCUCGCAAGCCGCUGCUCCUGAACCGGAAGGUGAGGAAGAGGAAGAAGAGAAAUCUCUUUUCGACCCACCUCCGAUGCCGGCUCCGUCGAGCUUGCCCCAAACGAUCCCAGAGGAGCCAAUAGGCCCCAAAGCGCGUCUUGUUAUUCACAAGAUGGCGCUGGUUAACUUCAAGAGUUAUGCUGGUCGACAGGAGAUUGGUCCCUUCCACAAGUCGUUCUCGUCGAUCGUCGGUCCUAACGGAUCUGGCAAAUCCAACACAAUUGACGCGCUUUUAUUCGUGUUUGGAUACCGCGCUUCGAAGAUGCGGCAGGGCAAGAUUUCUGAACUUAUCCACAACUCAGCAAACCACCCCGACCUCGAGGAGUGUAGUGUCGAAGUUCACUUCCGUGACAUUAUUGAUCUGCCUGGACCCGAUGCUUUUACGGUCGCUCCAGGCUCUCAACUCAUUGUCACCCGUACCGCAUACAAGAACAACGCGAGCAAAUAUACGAUCAAUGGCCGUAACAGCAGCUACAGUGAAGUCCAAACUCUAUUGAAAGGACGCGGGAUUGAUCUCGACCACAACCGUUUCUUAAUCUUGCAGGGAGAAGUAGAGUCCAUUGCCCAAAUGAAACCCAAGGCUCCGUCGGAGCACGAAGAUGGCCUUCUUGAAUAUCUGGAGGACAUCAUCGGAACUUCCAAGUACAAGACCCCUAUCGACGACGCUAUGGUCGAAAUGGAGCGCCUGCAGGAAGAGCGACAGAUCAAGAUGAACCGCCUUCGACACGUUGAGAAGGAGAAAUUGGCCUUGGAGGAAAAGAAAAAGGAGGCUGAAGACUUCCUUCGUCUCAAGAACGAGCACGUGCGAGCGAUCUCGCGUCAUUAUCAGUGGGUCAUCUGGAAGGCCUUGGAGAAAGAGACCAAACUCGAGGUACAAAUCGAGAAAACGCAGAAGGACCUCGCGGAAGAGACCGAGAAGCACAGGACCGACAUUGAACAUCUUGAGCAAUUGAGGGUUCACUACGAGGAUCGAGAGAAGACAUAUACCGUUCUCCAAGCCAGUGCAGUACAUGUAGCCAAAGAGUUAGCAGCGACCGAAAGAAGCGAGAUCGCCGUGCAAGAGAGGCGCAAACAUGCCGCGACGCGACAGAAGAAGCUCAAAAAAUCCAUCCAGGAGGACACCACUGCUCGCAAGAACGCCCUUAACAUCAUAGAAGAUAGUUCAGCCAAAGAGGAAGAAAAGGUCCUGGAAGCAAUCCGUGAUAGCCUGAAGGACAAAACGCAGGUUUUCAAUCUCCAGAUCGAGGAGAAGCAGAAGGAACUCCAGCCAUGGACCGCUCAGAUCAACACGAAGCAAAGAGAGAUCGACGUCGCGAGCAGCGAACGCGAUACUCUAGCCAAAAAGGCGGAAUUACUCAAGACGCAGUGCCAAGAGGCGGAGGCAACUCUGCAGGCCCUUCAAGCAGAGCUGCAGGAAAAGGUCGAUUGCCAAAAUAGCCUCAAAACUGAGAAAAGUCAAGCCCGAAGAGAUAUCCAAGCUGCCGAUAAACGUGUCAGGGAUGCCGAAGGUCGAUUCCAAGAGUGGCGUGGCAAGGCUUCCAGUGCGCGGCAAAGGGUAGACGAAGCCAAGGCCAACCAAUCCGAGAAUCGCAGUCGCAACAACGUGUUGGAAUCCUUGACCAGAUUGAAGGAUGCUGGUAAUAAUGAGGGGUUCCAUGGCCGCCUUGGCAACCUUGGGACUAUUCCUGACAAAUAUGACGUGGCAAUCUCGACUGCAGGUGGAGGCGGUCUCAACAACAUGGUUGUCGAAAGAGUCACUCAAGCACAGAGCUGCAUCGAGUACUUGCGCAGGAACAACGUCGGACGUGCGUCGUUCAUGGUGCUGGAGAAGUUGAACCCCCACGGGAUGGACAAAAUCGCUACCCCGGAAAAUGCGCCCCGUUUGUUCGACCUCAUCAAACCCAAACACGAAAUGUACCUUCCUGCCUUCUUCAAAGCCGUUGGAAACACGUUGGUGGCCAACGACAUGGAACAGGCUAACCGCAUCGCUUUUGGCGGUUCGAAGCGGUGGAGAGUUGUCACCCUGGAUGGAGGGCUGAUCGAAACCAGCGGUGCCAUGUCUGGUGGUGGUUCGCAGCCAUCUCGCGGCGCGAUGAGCUCUAAAUUCUCUGCCGCUUCCGUCUCCCCUCAAACUCUUCAAUCGUACGAGAGAGAUAGCGAGCAAGCCGCCCAACAAUUACACCAGGCGACAGAAGAAUUAAAGCAUGCCGAACAGGAGCUCGAACGGUUGAAAGCAAGGGAUCCGGAAAUUGAUCUCUCCUAUCAAAAGCUUGGCAUGGACAUCGAGAACGUUAAGAGGAGAAUUUCAGAGGCCGAUAGGAGAGUGAAGGAUUUGAGCUCUCAGAAUAAGCCAAAUACAGGCGACCUCGCUCGCAUCUCGAAGCUGGAGAGUGAAAUAAUUGCUGCCGAAAAGGGCCUAGGAAAACUCAAGGAACGAACGGCCAAAAUCGAGCAAGAGAUUAAAGACCUGGAAAAGAAGAUCCUCGAAAUCGGUGGCUCGAAGUUCCUCUCUCAGAAAUCCAAAGUCGAAGGCAUCAGGCUUCACAUCAAGUUGACGAACGAUGAGAUUACCAAGGCUGAGGUUGCGAAAAGCAAAGCGGAGAAAGAUUCAGUCAAGUUCGAAACCAGCGUCAAUAACAACACUACCACCUUGGAGGAGGUCGAAGCCGAGUUGCAAGAACUCGAGGAGGAGUUGGCCAAUGUUUCAGCACACGUGACCGAGCUCAAAGAAAAACUCGAGACCGCCCAAGCUGCAGCCGAGAACUCGAAGGAAGAUCUUGAAAACCUGAAGGCGGAACUUGAUCAAAAGGAGGAGUCUGUUGCCGAAUUCCGAAGCAAAGAGCUGAAACUUAAGCAAAAAUUGGGCGACUUCGAAAAAGAGUACAAAACGAAUAGUGCGGCUAUUGAACAGUUUAAUGAGCAGCAUGAUGCGUUAACACUGAUAGAGAUCGACGAAGAUGACGAAGGCGAAGAAGAUGAAGAAGAAGGAGCGCAGAACGACGAGAGCACUGGAGGCAUCCCAGCAGUUGGUGAGAAUCCACCUGAGGAACCAACCGAAGGAGAGGUGGAAGUGAAGCCCGAGCCUGGUUCAAAGCCACAAAAGAAGCCGAAACGAGAGCGGACGCCUUCUCAUGAAUUACAUGUCUACUCUGAAGAAGAGCUGAGGAGGUUCACGAAGGAUGAGCUCUUGGCCGACGUUGUAUUCUUAGAAGAAAGAAUAUCAAGGGCUAAGCCUGACAUGACAGUCCUCAAGGAAUACAAGCAGCGCGAGGCAGAGUUCAUGAAUCGAGCCAAAGACUUGGAGAACAUUACUACCGAGAGGGAUGCUCAGAAGGCCCAAUACGAUGGUCUCCGAAAGCAACGCCUCGACGAAUUCAUGGCUGGGUUUAACUUGAUCACUCUGAAACUCAAGGAGAUGUACCAGAUGAUCACUCUCGGAGGAAACGCUGAGCUCGAGCUAGUCGACAGUAUGGAUCCUUUCUCGGAGGGAAUCAUUUUCAGUGUCAUGCCUCCCAAGAAGAGUUGGAAGAACAUCUCAAACUUGUCUGGCGGAGAAAAGACGUUGAGCUCUUUGGCCCUCGUCUUUGCUCUUCACGUCUUCAAACCCACGCCUCUGUAUUUUAUGGACGAAAUCGACGCUGCGUUAGAUUUCCGGAAUGUUUCUAUUGUGGCCAACUAUAUCAAAGACCGGACAAAGAACGCGCAAUUCAUCAUCAUCUCUCUGCGUAACGAUAUGUUUGAACUAAGUCACCGACUCAUUGGUAUCUACAAGACGUCUAAUGCGACGAGAAGCAUUGCUAUUGACAAUCACUCGUUGCAUUCGUCAAUUCCCGUGGCACACGUCCCCAACACUAAAGCGACAGCAUAG